CCCAACUCUUCUUGCUUUUACGCGUCCACCAUCGUCCAUCGCUGCGUUGGUUACGCGUCGCUCCCCUCAACAUGACCUCCUGGGCUCCCACGCCGACCGGAUUGCAAGAAAUCCUGCAAACGAUCCAUGAAUCCACCGAUACUCAGAACGCCGCAGUCCAGAGGGACAUUACCCAUAAACUCAACAAUUUCACGCGCGCACCAGACUACAUCGCGUAUCUGGGGCACAUCCUGGCGGCCAUGCCCCAGGAAGAAGACCGUAUCCGAACCAUCGCUGGAUACUUGCUCAAGAACAAUGCGCGACUCAUCUUGCGCUCCGCUCCCGAUGUCAUGGAAUACGUGAAGAAGGCGGUAUUACUAGCCUUCGACUCCUCCUCAAUCAUGAUUCGCAAUGUGGCGGGCCAGGCGGUCGUUGCAUUCUUGGGCACGCUCGAGCCUAGGAACUGGCCAGAGUGUUUGUCUCACCUAGUUGGUGCGCUCGAUGACCAGGACUUCGACAAACAAGAAGCUGCCUUCAACGUCCUCGAGAAGGCCUGCGAAGACUACCCUCGAAAACUCGACGUCGAGAUCAAUGGUACAUGGCCGCUGGAGUUCAUGAUUCCCAAAUUCCUAGUGCUGUCGGAGCAUCCUCGCGCGAAGAUGCGCUCACAUGCCAUCGCUGUCUCUCGUACUUCGUCCCAUCAACUGCCAGGCGCUCUUGCGCAUAUCGACACGUUCAUCGCCUGUCUCUUCAAGCGCGCGUCGGACGAGGACCCGUCCGUGCGUCGGCAUGUCUGCCAGGCGCUCGUUCUCCUCCUGGCGUCGCGCCCCGAGAAGCUGAUGCCCGAGAUGAACAACGUGGCCGAAUAUAUGUUGUAUUCAACGAAGGACAAGAACGAGAACGUCGCGCUGGAGGCGUGCGAGUUCUGGCUCACGUUCGCCGAGGAUCCCGACCUCGCGCCAUACUUGCAUCCUCUGCUGGGUAAGGUCGCGCCAGUGCUACUGGACUGCAUGGUCUACGGCGAGGACGACUUGCUGUGGCUCGAUGCGGAUGCCGAAGAUGCAGCCGUACCGGACAAAGAGACCGAUAUCAAGCCUAGGCAUUACAGCGGCAAGGCUCAUGGGUUCGAACACGAGGGCGAUGUCGAAGGCGCUGCCAAGCCUCGCGUAGGCGCGUAUGGGGAGGAGCUUGAAGAUGAAGAUGACGAGGGUUUCGACGAUCUUGACGAUGACGAAUUCGCAGAGGAGAUGUCGACGGAGUGGAACCUGCGCAAGUGCGCAGCUGCUGCUCUUGAUGUCCUUGCUGUGAGAUUUGGCGCAGAUUUGCUCAACGUAUUACUCGAAUCGUUGAAGCUCAAGCUGUGGAGCGAGGACUGGCUCCAGAGAGAAAGCGGUAUCCUGGCCCUGGGUGCAAUGGCUGAGGGAUGUAUCGACGCGGUUGAACCGCACUUGCCCACACUUGUUCCCUACCUGAUCAGUAUGCUGAAUGACUCAAAGCCACUCGUUCGCUCAAUUGCCUGCUGGACUUUGGGACGAUACGCGAGCUGGUGUACUCAGCCAAUCUCAGAGGAGCACCGCAACCAGUUCUUUGUUCCCAUGCUUGAGGGUCUUCUCCGUAUGGUCCUUGAUAAUAACAAGCGUGUGCAAGAAGCCGGAUGUAGUGCGUUCGCUACGUUCGAGGAAGAUGCGGGCCCAGAGAUUGCCCCUUACCUCGAGCCCGUGUUGCGCAACCUCGUGGUUGCGUUCGAUAAGUACCAGCAUAAGAACAUGCUCAUCUUGUACGACGCGGUUGGUACAUUGGCCGAUGCGGUCGGACCCGCCCUUGCGAACUCGACCUACGUCGAAAUUCUCAUGCCACCAUUGAUAAAGCGGUGGGGCCGAUUGAAAGACGAUGAUGAAGAUCUUAUCCCUCUCCUCGAGUGCUUGGCUUCCGUUACUAUCGGCAUGAGCGCUGCCUUCGCUCCGUAUGCUCCGCCCGUAUUCGAGCGGUGCACGAGCAUUGUCCACAAGGCUCUCUUGCAAUACCAAGCCUAUCAACAAAAUCCUGAAACGGAUGAGCCGGACAAGUCGUUCCUCGUCGUCGCGCUGGACCUGUUGUCGGGCUUGACGCAGGGCUUGGGCAUGGCCCUCGAACAUCUUGUCAACAACACUCAGCCGAACUUAGUUUCGCUGUUGACCAUUUGCUUGAAGCAUCCUCAAGCGCCGGUACGGCAGUCGGCGUAUGCGCUUGUUGGCGACAUGGCGAUGCAUUGCUUCCCCUUGCUCAAGCCGCACACCGCUAAUAUCAUGCACGAGCUCAUUGAGCAACUCGACCCGGAGCCGAAGGUCGAGUUUGUAAGCGCUUGCAACAACGCUGCGUGGUCUGUUGGAGAGAUUGCAUUGCGAUAUGGCCGUGACGAUCCUGAGUUUAGACAAUGGAUACAAACUCUGAUCUCGCGAUUGGUGCCUAUCCUCCUUCACCCGAAGGCGCCUCGCAGCCUCCACGAGAAUGCUGCUGUCUCGAUCGGCCGCAUCGGGCUCAUGCACCCUACCGUCGUCGCCCCCGUUCUUCCCGAGUUUGCGCAGAUGUGGUGCCAAGCCCUCUACGAGAUCCGUGACAACGAAGAGAAGGACUCCGCCUUCCGCGGUCUUUGUACACUCGUGCAGCACAACCCCGCUGGAAUCACGAAGAGCCUCCUCUGGUUCUGCAAUGCCAUCGUCCGAUGGAAUCACCCAUCGGCGGAGCUGAACAGCAUGUUCCAGCAGCUCCUCAAUGGUUUCAAGCAGCACGACCCGCAAGGCUGGGCAGCCCAGGUCGCGACGUUCCCACCAGCAAUCCAGGAGCGGCUGGCGCAACGUUACGGCGUCUAAUCGCAUGACUGCUUGCAUACGCGGCUGGGGUUUCUGUCUUGAACAUAUCGCAUCUUGUACGCAUAGUCCUCGUCCUGUCCUUCCGUUGUGCGCUGUCCCGAGUACCCGUGUCAAUCGUAUCCCUCGCAUUGAAUUUUUACGUAGUGUAGUCUUUCGCAUAUCGUCCAUCACUUGGCUUGUUUAGGUAGCACAUCGUAGGUACACAUCCUUAGGUAGCAUUAGUAGUUAGCAUCUUCUCGUAGCAAUAGCAUUCAGUAGAUAGCAUCGUAGGUAGCAUUAGUAGGUAGCAUAGUAGGUAGCAUUACAACUCUUCAUCGUCCGCGCGCUCAACAACCAUCAUCGUCGACUUGCUGUUCAUUACUGUAUUUCUAGACAGAUUCCCUAACACGAAGCGUACGUGCAUCCGCUCUUUGGGGUGCUCGGGCUGUCCUCGCAGUAUUUUAGUACUUAUUGUGCGGGAGAAAUUGAGAAUGUCUGUAUGCCUCA